AUUCCCACUGUUUCUUCAGCAAUAACAACAUAACUUCAAGAUGGAAAACCUCCCAAUGGAAGUGCAUAGAAUCAAGGAAAGAAGACACUACCAAGAGACCAAACACAGAACAAGGCUCAGAUGGACAACCGAACUGCACGAGCAUUUUGUUGAAGCAGUUAAUCACCUUGGAGGACCCUAUAAAGCUACUCCAAAGAGUAUCAUGAACCAAAUGGGCGUCCCAGGCAUUGGUUUAAGCCAUCUAAAAAGUCAUCUCCAGAAGUACAGACUCAGUAAGUUCGGACAAUCAAACACAAUGAUCUACAGGACAGAAGAUAGGAUGCUUGAAAUCAAUCAUGAAAGUAGAAGCCAUCUGAAUAUUCCUUACCAGAAAAACAAUUUGAAGUUCCCGAAAGCACCAAGCAUGUAUUACGGAUUUCAUGCACAGAAUGAGGCAUACAUACCAGCAGGUCCAAGCAUAGUGAGCUCUUCUUCUCUUCUUGUAAAUCCUGGAAAAACACAAAACAGCCUAAAUGCAACAAAUGGUUCAGCAACAAAUGUGAUUGAUUCACUUGAAGAAGAAGAGGAGAAUGCGAUUGAUUCAAGGAACAAUUGGCUCCUCCUUGCACGAGAUGCUUCUGAUGAUUUAACUCUAAGAAUUGGAAGAAGCAAUGGGCAAUUUCUCAACACAGAAGAAACCAGAGACAGCUAAGUUAUCAUUAUGCAGUUGAUGAUGAUGAUGAUGAAAGCGAAUUCGAAUGACCAAACUUUAUUCAUAGAGUCAAGAGAAGUCCUCUGAACUAAUAUAUAUCUAAUAAUACUGAUCAGUAAUGAGGUUAAUAAUAAGACAUUUAAGGAAAUUAAAAGAGUUUUAUUUCUUCA